GGGCACAGUUGCUUGGUGACUGCACGUGGACUCGUCGACUCGCGAUGGAGAUAGUUGCCCACGCGCUGAAUGAGCUCAACAGCGGGAGGCAUCGGUUUCCGGCGUUCUGUUCAAAAUUCAAAGUCUCUUUCUCGGCUGGUUCGCAGGACAACUCUAUUGGGACGAGCCGAAGGACACGGGACCCUUCCGUCCGUAUUGAGAACGUUAUGGAGGAAGUGAGCGACCGCAAGAAGGACGCCGAGCUACACCGGGUGGGCGAGCAGGCGGUGGGCGACUGUCUACGCUCUGCGGUCAUAAGCAGCUCCAGAAACAAGUCCACGUCACUUGUCCUAAACACGGCACGAAGGUUUUACAGGAAGUCCAACCCUUACGUCGCCUGCGCUGCGGAGGGACAGGACAACAUACUGACAAAGAACCGCAUAGUCUCCAAGUCUUCGUUGGAAAGACGGCAUAAAGGAGACAGCCUGGAAGACCCGAUUCCCGAACCUGAUUCUACUCGACACGGGGCCCCAGAAGGUACCUCAGGUUCGGCAGAGUCCCUGUCAUCGUCGGAGUUUUCGGCAGUACCGCAACGAUGCUCGCACAGGGAUUACGUGCUCCAGGUUCAGGCCAUCUUCGAGACGUACUGGAAAGGGAACUUGAAGAACAUAUUCGAGGUCCUCCGCGAACUCUCCGAACGUGCGUCGGGCGAACUGAGUUGGAAGAAGCAGAGCAAACUGCAAGAAUUCACCAAAGGAGUGACCCGCCUGUGGCAUCGCGUCGGCGAACAGGUCUCUUCCUCCACCAACGACAUCCUCUGCGGACUCGAGUCCAACAAGAGCAACGAGGAGCCCAACAGCGACUUCUUCGCCCACGAACUGCUCCCGCUGUUGCUACGAAUACGCGAGGUGUGGUGGGUCACGCAACGCCACAUCGCCGGGAACUUCUUGUCGUUGUACCAGAAGUACGACGACGUACCGGAGCAGUGGCUCAUGGCCAUGAGGGAAGUGGACGUGCACUUGCUGCGCACGGCGAUCGUACACCGAGAGAUCAUGGAGUGCGAGCUGCAGAAGGUGGCCCGUGCCAUUGAACAGGACAACGAAGUAUCGGGAGAGGCCGUGUGCUAUCUGCAGGACAUCUUCAUCAAGGAAGGCAUAGGCUAUUGGCUGGCCGAACAUCUCGAUCUUAUCUGGAGUGAGUUUGGGAACCAGGUACAGAAGGGAGUCGUCAACUUGUACAAAGCGUUUGACUCAUCAUAUAUCCGUGCCUGGGCUGCCAAAUCCCGACUGGACCAGAACGAAGUGCUGCACACCAUCCACAGCUACUGGAUGUCCUUCAUCCAGGGGGUCCAGGAGUGCAGGCGAGACGUCGUCGACGAAGAAACUAGCAAAAACAACAAGGACGAGCUGACCUACGACCUGGACAACAACAGCAUUCCGCACCGCAUCUACAUCUACACGCGCAUCCUGCGACGUUACGAAGACUUGGUCAACCACGACUGGCAGGUCACUUACCGCAACACCAUCGCGCUCCUGGACCAAGCCCUAGCGCUGGAGAAAGAACAGGAGGUCGUUUUCCCCGUAAUCCACACCAAGGCUACGGUGAUAAUCACGAAGAUCUGGGAAGAAGUUAUGGUGGAGAUCCGUCAAACCUUCAGAGAGUGCAGGGAGAAGUUCGAAGAAGCAAUACUCACAGACCGAGUGGGGUGACAAAUCACUCGCAGUGGGCACAGCCUGUAUUUUAAAUGUAGCCUAAAAUAAAGCUCAUUACGACAGUAUUUUAAUGACAUCCAA